CGUCGUUGAAGUUGUUCGAGUUGAUCCAAGGGGCUGACAUGGUCUCUUCGUUUUCCGUUGAUGUUUUCUCGAGUAGGGGAUCGGCGCGUCUCGUCAUCCUUCUGACGUUCGCAAAUGCGAAUCCUUUGCUCAAUGAAAGCGGCGUGUCGAGCGCGGCAAACGCUUUCCUAGACCCGCGACUCACAGCCUCGAACAGCUCGCAAAGGCUCCAGGGUUACGCUUAUAAAGAGUUGCCCAACAGCUCCUUCGUGGUCAACUUCACCUUCCUGAUGGAGAACGUCAGCAUCUCUCAGAGUGACCAGAUCAUGAAUGCCACUUACAACCACAUCCAGGACACCAUCGAGGCUCUGAUGAAUCAGAUGCUGAACAGUCAAACAGCGACUCCGGUCGUCUUUCCACGGGCAAAUUUCACCGUGACGGGCAGCCAGGUAGAGGCCGAUGUGAAUUACGUCGUUCGAAGAGGCACCGUCAGCAACCCGAGCCCUUACCUUUCUGAAAUGCUGAGAAUCACCGGUCCGGAUGUUACCACUACAGCCGCCACAGCAGGAACAACAGCUUUAACACUAACCACAACCAUAUCUACUACAGCAACUUCUCCAGCAACAACACGGUUUCAGAUCAGUAUUGGGUCAGUGCUCAUCUCCAUCCGGCUGGUCUUUUUAACCAUAAUGCCAUCACCCUCCGAAAGUAAUGUGCUCAGUGUAGCACACAAUCUGUUUAAUUUAAAGCUCAGAGCCUUGGAAAGUCCACAGAUGGUGCAAAAUAUUACUUAUGAAAAGUUAUCCAACUACUCCUUUGCUCUCAAAUUUGUGUUUGCAAUCAACAACGUCAACAUCUCUCAGAAUAACCAGAUCAUGAAUUCCACUUACAUCCAGAUCCAGGACUCCAUCAAUAUUUUGCUGAACAAAAUAUUGAACAAUGCAACAGCAAAUCCUUUUGUUUUUCCACCAGCAAAUUUCACGCUUAUCAUGAUGAAUAACCAGAUACAAGCCAAUGUAAAGUAUGUUUUCAAAGAAGGCGAUAUCAGUAACCCGAGCCCCUUUCUUUCUGGAAUCAUAGCAGUCAGUGGUCUGAGUGUUACUACAACCACAACACCCAUCCUUCUGCUCACCACCCCCCUGGGCAACGUCACCACUGCAGGAAGUAGUGCAUGGAUCUUAGGCUUCAUCAUCCCAUGUGGUAUCAUUAUCAUUCUCCUGCCUUUCUGGAUUCUGCUCUGUUGCCUGCUGACCGGCUGGUGUGCUGCCAUUAGGAGGCGCUGGCAUAGAAGACGCUCCUAUAACGUUCAGUACAGAAUCCACAACAACUUCUUCUAGGGCAUAGGAAAUCUCUCUGGGCAAAAAUGAAAGAAGUAUCUACUAUAUCGCUGUGUUUUUCUUACAA